AUGCCUCCUGGUGGUUCCACAAUCACCGGCCUUGACCCUCUCUUAACGCAAAACCCGUCUUUGAGCCCCGAAGAGGAGAGGAGCUGGCUAUACUAUUUAGCAGAGAUAUCGCUACGUCGAAUCAUGAACAGAAUCUUGGAGGAAUUUUAUUCCAGGCGUGAGACAUGGUGGAACUCAAACAACUUCUCAUUACUUCUCGCGCAAUAUAGAUCUUUCCUGGAUGAACUAAUUCUUUGGCGCCAGCAUAUCCCUCACCAGUUGCAAUUCGAUGAAGCGACUAUUCCAGGCAACGAAUUUGCUUUCUUCCUCAAAGGUCGCUACUACAUGUGCCACGAAUGGAUCCAACGGCCUUUCUUAUACUACAUACUUCACCAGCCUCCAAAUGAUCUUCACCGCGUAGACGCAGUCCCCAUCGCGCAAAAAUGUCUGCAAAACUGCUCUACAUUAAUCACCAUAUUUUCACACCAUCACCGCCAUGGUGCAAUAUGGUCCGUUGUGAGGCGCUCUCUAAGCUGCGCCCUUCUGCUUCUGGCCGCUGCUAGAAAGGGGUUCGAGGAACCUCUCGUCGACUGGAAGGCUCAAAUUGAAAUUACUUUGCAAACAAUGGCGAAAUGGGAGCGGGAAGCUAUCGAUUUGCAGUGGGCGAAACGGGUCCUCCAGGAUAUUAUGCAAGUAACUCUGGAUGGACAGGGUUUCGCUGUUUGA